ACAUACUCCCUCUCCCUGUUGUGUCUCUCCACACUGCACAUGGUUACUCGCCUCUCUUUAAUCUGAAAGGAGAAACAGAAUGUGAUAGACGUUCUGCUCCAGGCGCCCUGACUCUAAAACGGAGUGCAGCUUUUGUUCUUUUCUUCUGGUUCAAAUCAGGGAAAGAACAUUUUUCUGCAUUUUCCUGCAUUGUUCUUGAUGUAGACAAGCCUUUACAUCAAGUCUUGAUGUAAACAAGGGCAAGAAUGCUGAAAUUUAAAGCUGGAUUCUGACCGAGGACACUUCUGCAGUUGUAUACACAGAUAGACGGCAGAGGACCUGUGAAGAGUGAUUGUAUCCAUAAGACAACCUGAACUUUCCUAGCCCUGCUGAAGCAUCUUUACACAGUCAAUAUGAAAGAGAGCUAUGGUGGCUACGAGAAUCAGCUCUUCAAAGAGGAGGACCUGACCGGCGAGGAGGAAGAGAUGCCUCCCUUUAGAGGAAGGACACGAGGAGGCUGUGUGAAGUGCCAGCAGACUCAUUCUCUCCAGCUGGCUGUCAGGGUUCUCUAUGGCUUUUUUGCCUUCAUCAUCAUCGCUGUGGCUGUCUUGGCUUCCCUGGUUUUUAGGAAGGUUGACAACUUAUCUGAAGAUGAAUUGCUGUAUCAUAAAAAGAUUGCCAAAGUCCAGGAGAGCAUACAAGAUCUCAGCGCUGUGAACAACUGCACAGAGUGCUACAAUGUCGCUCACUUCCGUGAAGAAAUCGCCAGGCUCAAGAAGGAAUUUGAGGACAUCCAAAAGAUGGUUCAGGGUCAACAGCAGCUACUGGACCAGAGCUCUCAAUCUCAGAAGACUCUGACACAGUCCAAUAACAGGAUGAUGAGAGACUUUCAGACCUAUGGGACCACCAUGAAACAAAUAAACCAGUCUCUCGAGCAGUACCUUGAUCAGGUAAGCGGCUGGCAGGCUGUCAUCAACGAGACUGAUCUGGGCAUGAAGACUCUGGUCCAAGAUCAAUAUGAUUUGAAAGCUACAAUGCAGCAAGUCAACACUACUGUGGCACUAAGUGCUAUGUGGAUAGAUGCUCUUCAGAGGAAGGCAGAAGAAGAGACUUUAGUGCUGCAGAAAAUGACAGUUGACUGGCAGAACUACAGCCGAGCACUAAGCACGCUCAAGUCCAGCUCCAGUGCCACUACGCAAACAAUGCGGACCAUCCAGAACGGCAUCUCAGCCACUUAUCAGCGACUCAGCAUGAGCUCAGAUAUGGUGCAUGACCUCACCCUGCAAGUUAUUAACUUGCAGAUGCAGCUAGACAACGUGUCCGCCUUUAUUGAUGAGCAUGAGGAGAACAUGCAUGAUCACCAGUACCAUGCCAAGUACUAUGAAAACAGGACUGGGGAAAGGUUUGUGACACUGGACGCAAGGAUGAACUCCAUUGAAAUGGAGAUUGACACCAUUGCCUCCAGCAUUAAUGCAACAGUUGCCCACGUUCAGAGCAUGUACAAAUACAUCAACAUGGAGAGCUCCUCUUGCCAGUCCAAGCUGGGCAGCCACACAGAGGACUUGCAGAAUUUGAACAAAACUGUUUUACUUCUGCUAAACCUUGCUGAUUCUCUGAGAACACAGUACAUGCUGCUGAGUGUGCGUCUUGACGUUGACGUGAGGAAUCUCUCUAUGGUAAUGGAGGAGAUGAAGCUGGUGGAUACUAAGCAUACACAGCAGAUCCAGAAUUUCACCAUAUUGAAAGGUGCUCCUGGUCCACCAGGUCCAAAGGGAAACAAAGGUGAUUCAGGACCAAUCGGGCCUGCUGGGCUUACAGGAAUAAAGGGAGACAAGGGUCGUCCAGGUAUCCUUGGGCCUGUCGGGCCAAAGGGUUUAAUAGGACCCAAAGGAGCCCAAGGGGAACCUGGACCUUCCGGGGCCAGAGGAACCACAGGACCGAAAGGAGCCAAAGGGUCUUUAGGACAGCCGGGACCUCGUGGUGAAAAGGGACAGAAGGGUGACAUGGGAGUUGCAGGGAAGGAUGGAUUACCAGGACCUAAAGGACCAACAGGAAUUCAAGGACAGGCAGGGCUUCCUGGUGUACAUGGGAUUCCUGGACCUAGAGGAAAACCUGGUCCUGUUGGUCCACCUGGCCCACGUGGACCUCCUGGACCUACAGGGAACUACACUUGGGCAUGAAAAAACUUUAUACCUCUCUGUUCAAAAUUGUAAAAGUUUCAUGCAGCUGAUGUCUCGUGAACUGCCCUGUUGAAAGCAGAACAAUGUCACUGAAUGUGGACAGCAGAAGUCAACUUUGAACUAUGUGCCUUAAAAAUGAACAUUGUCAAUCAAGGAACUUCAUCUCACAGUGCUAUGCAUGAAACACAUACCCUCUUGGUAGACAGGUACCCCACUUUAUCUUCAUUGUAUAUUCCUCAGGCUUUAAAUUGAGCACAUAUACCCAACAUCUUGCACUUUGUAGUAAUGAGAGUGACUUUGCAACAAUGGUGGUUGACUGUGCAGAAACUGCCAUGGCACAUUGUCUUAGUGUUUGCUUAAAGCUGCACUAUGUGAGAUUGUUUUGUUCAAAUUAAAAGAAGUAGCAGCACUGAGUAAGGAGAAAAACAAACUAAAACAUGCUGUGUGUGCACUGCUGCAAGUUGCCCUGUAAAGCCUGAAAUAAUAGAUGUGUAGGAUCAGACUUGGCAGGAGUUUUUCGGAUCACGUCACACACCUUUAUGUAUUAACGUCACAUGCACAGCUCAAAAAUAAGGUCCAGCAGAUGUUCACUCGUACACUUCAGUUACGUUCUUGGAAGGUAUGUCCUUCACAAAGUUUUCUAUGAAUAUUCAUGAAUGUUAUGAAUAUAACACUCGCAAAGAAGGGAGGCACAAAGGACAACGGGUUCAAAGUAGUGGUCUGCACUCCCAUGGAUAUCUUGUGGUGCGGGACAAAUUUUCAGUGUUGCAUGAAGGAGCAGGUGGGAAACCAGCCCACUGUAGGCGGGAGUGGGCCGAAGCAGCAUGAAGACAAAUCCCGCAAAUUAAUGAAUAUUCUAAAUAAAGUAGAAUGAUCACUAAAUCAUAUAUAUAUAACAAUACAAAAUGACAACAGUAAAACAGUUAAAAAUAAAUAAAGUCAUUCUAAAGAGUUGCUGCAGGAGCAGGACAAAUCAUUCCGAUUUUCUGCGGGAGUGGGAUGAAAUCGGGGAGCGGAUAAAAACAGUCCCGCGUAGACCUCUAGUCCAAAGCACAGCCGGCGUUAUCAAAUGUUCUUCAAUACGUUGCGUGCAAUCACACAUUUUCACCAGAGAGGUCUCCAAAUCCCCAAAUCUUACAUAGUGUAGUUUUAAUCUGUUUGACAAUUAAUUAUGAUUAGGAGUCUUAAGAAUGCCAAACGACAGGUGCCAUGUGUUGUAUCAGAAUGACAGCCAAUUUGUCAUUUGUUUUCCAUAAAGAAUCACCUCACAUAUCAUUACAACCAAUUUGAAGGCACUUUAAUGUUUCUAUCUUUAUUUUUUUGUAUAAAGCCAUUUAAUUUACAACUAGAUCUGUUUUAUAUAUGCUCCACAGUCUAUCCAGAGCAGGUACUCUGAAAAAGAAAUUUUAUUACUCCGAAAUACUUCCAGCAAUAGAGCUAUUCUUGACAAAAGUGUACAGUAUAGAACCACAGAAAGAAAAGCACAUGUGAGAUCUGUAGCUGUAUGCUGUGAAUAUAGCAAGCCGACAUGUACCUACCCUGCCAAUCAUUGGCUAUAUGUCAAUGAAUAAUACAACAUUGGUAUGAUAUUGUUAAUAUACAUGUUGUUGUGUUCAUAUGCCUGAUUUGACAGUGUGCUAAACCAUUGAUCCUUUUUACAGCAUUUAUUUGAAAAAAACUCCAGUAUUGUUCUCUUAUUGUCUUGCGCAGAUAUGUAAAUAUUUUGUUAAAAGAACUGUAGCUAAACAAGGAAAGUUACACCAUGUCGAAAGAAAUACCACAAUUCCAGGAAACCAUUUCCAGCACCAUAAAAAAAACAAACACACAAACCAAAAAAAACAAUGGACUGAGCAUUGACACAUGGGUGACCUCUGUGCAUAUUAAAGUACACAGUGAUACUGAACCAAGAAACUCAGUGUGUUGAACCGAAUUGGAAUUGAAAUUGCCUGUCUUUUUGCGGCUAGCCAACUCAUAACUCUCAUCUAAAACACAUUUCUGGAUAAAGAUAAAACCUAAAAUGUAGCGUAUUACACCACUCUAUGUGAUCAUCUUUCAGUCUUCCUUUUAUGUAUUGGAGUUUUUUGGCAUCGCCAUAACCCAAACCUGCAUUAUCAUGUCAAAUUUGAACUGAUAAAUGACACAAACCACUUCUAAAUGGCCUACAUUUAUCACUAGACACAGACUUAACUGCAUCCAGUUUCCGGUGAGAACAAGUAAGGGCUUUCUAUAAUUGCAAAGUUUAAUCUUAUGAGUCUUUGGACUGCACGCAGCUUCAAGUAUUUCCAUCAUCACCAUACAGAAAAACAGUCAAUCUCUAUCAGUCAUUAGAGUAGAUGUGUAAGCAAUGUAUUUUAAAAACAGUAGUGCUCACUCACACUUGAGUCAUGGACACUCUUCCAUUCAAUAAGAGCACAUUUUUUCACUCUUCGUCAUCCUUUUCAAGGUCCUAACAGGCCCAGCUUGGGUACCUAUGUAAACACAUUUGUGAAUGGAGGAAACACAUUUAAAGUUAAGAGAGCAAGCAGGAGACAUUACGUUUGGUUUGUAGGCAGUUUAUACUUUUCCAUCCUUUUAAAAACCUUGUUAUAAAUCACCAAUAAAAUAUAACAAGCCUGCUCUUUCUGUUUUUUUGACACUAACUUCUCAUUUAUCAUCAAUUAUACUAUGACUUAAUGUAUUCUAGAGAAUACAUGAAAUACACACAUGAUUGUGUUCAAUGCAAUUUAGUAAUAUAGGGACAAUUUAAUCCCUUAAAAGCCAAAGCUUAUUAUUCAGUAGCUACAGGGACUUCAAUGCAAAUUGGCUGAGCUAUUCUUAUAUAAGUUAUAGAAGUCUGGCCAAUUAAGGGGUCAACAAUAUGUGAUUACAUUCUGCUAUUCUGCUAAUCAGUUUAGGUACAUCAGCUUCACAAAGUAAAGUGAUAUACUGUAAACUGUGAAGCUACUACGAAGCCCUGCCCUUUCAGAGGUCAUUGUAGCAAAAGCUAUGGAAGUUGCUCUGGAAGUCUGUGAUGUGAAAUUGCUCAUUUCACUGACAAAAAGAAAGAUGUCGAAAGAUGGGCUUUAACUUUUAUCUGACCAUCAAAAUAUGACCAUGGUAGAGCUAGCUUGUGCUAUGGUGCCCAAGCUAGCCAGCCAGUUUAGUCUUAGCCUCUUCACCACCUGUAAAUACUUGCUUAACAUCCAAAAUUUUAAACAUUAUAUAAGAGUUUACAUUUAAAUAAAAUAGCAAUUGGACAUAGAUGUCAAAUGUGACAAUAAAGGCAGAUUUCUGUGCUUAUUACAAGUCAUGAACAUUUCCAAUUGCAACGUGACAGACCCAGUCAGAUGCUCAUGGUAAAAAAAAAAA